GACGUGAUGCUGGAGAACUACAGCCAUCUGUUCUCCAUUGGUUAUAAAAUUCCCAAACCAGAGAUCAUCUGCAUAUUGGAGCAAGAAGAGGAAUCAUGGAUGCUGGAGGGCGACAUUCCUCAUCAGAACUAUCCAAGAUCCAGUGACAUCUGAGAAUGUGACUGUGGACUUAUCCAGGAAGAGUGGUGGCAGCUGAAUCCUCCAUGAAAGACGCUGCAUGGGAAUGUGACGCUGGAAAUUUCUAGCCAUCUGGUCUCUCUAGGCCUAACUGGCUCCCUCUGCUGCCUGACUUCUUCCUGUUCUUGUGAAAUUUCGACAAGUGUGGAGAUGCAGGUGACAAAGAGCGAGCAACAGGAAAAGCAGCAGGAACAACCAGAGGAGCAACAGGGCUCACUAAACGGGGCAACCAUGGCCCUCCCCAAGCUUUGUUUUGGAGAUUUUACUCCUGAUGAAUAUGAUCAGUUCUUCACGAUUCAUUCUUCUUCAGUUGAACUUCCUCCAUUAAAUAUGAUGUACCUGGGUGAUUCACAGGCUGUGGAGCCUGAUGGACCAGAGCACCCAGAAGACCAGAUAACCGAGUUUGGUGUUAAUGAAGUCACAGACCAUAGUGACACUCCGCCAAGAAGCCCUGACUACAGUGUUUCAAGCACAUUGACUCCUCAGGAGUCUGAACUUAUUCAAAGUUGCACAACUUCCAGAACAACCCCUGAGAACAUGGACAAAGAAAUCACCUCUAGCCCCACAGACUGCCAGGAGACCAUUGCCACCCUGUCUGUGGAAAGCCCCUCCAAUGCAGAGGCUGAGUGCCUGGAGAGCCAGGGCACUGGGGCCAGGCAGAAGAAGCGGAAGAAGAAGAAACGCCCCCCUAGCUAUUAUAGUUGCUUGAAAGAUGGCGGAGAUGACACUACUUCAUCCAAAGCACCGGCCGACCCAGCUGCUGUGUGCAGUGUAGGCCCUGAGGAUGCCAAGGUGGCAGAGGACUUUCCUCCAUCACCAUCCCCCAGCACUAGUGGGAGUCCUCAGGAAUCCACUGACCUUGUCAGCGAUGCUGUGCCUGGUGGUUCUUUGCCUGAAGGGCAACCUAAGAGCAUUCCCAGAACUGACUUUGAACAAGCUUGCCACUCUACAAAGGCAGGCAAGAACAGGGAUAACUUGCUGACAACACCUGAGACUCAGCCUCCUGCUGAGUCUGAUACUACUGAGAAGCUUGUAGUUGAUAAAGAACAAAUAUGUGAAUCCUUGGGAGAAGGCUCAGCUGCCAAAAGCAUGGAGUUCCACACUGUGAAGAGCAUAGACUUGGACCCUGCAAGUGCCAAGGGCACCCCCAUUCCUGCUGAUGUGCAGAAACCUGCCGUGGGCGCUGUGCCUCUUAGUCAGCCCACUAAGUUGUGGGCCAGUCUCUUUUAUGAUACCAAGCCCUCUUCCUCCUUGCCUGUGGCCUCUAAGCACUCCUCUUCUGCCGCAUCUUCCAUUGUCUCAAAAGAGCAAGCGGAAGUCAAGGAAGGGAUGGUUCCACUCUCAGAAGAUUCUGUCGCUCUAGAGAUUGCAGAGCUACUGGAGAAUGUGACCCUGGUGCACACGCCGGUGUCCCUGCAGCCACGUGGGUUAAUCAAUAAGGGGAACUGGAGCUACAUUAAUGCCACACUGCAAGCAAUAGUUGCCUGCCCUCCUAUGUACCACCUAAUGAAGUUCAUCCCUCUCUACUCAAAAGUUCAACGGCCUUACUCAUCAACACCCAUGAUUGAUGGCUUUGUCCAGCUGAUGAACGAGUUCACAAGUAUGCCAAUACCUUCAAAUUCCAGAGAAACUCUCGGGAAUAGGUUCAUAAGAGAAAUCCACCCCGGUAUUGCCUUUGAGCCCACCUAUAUCUAUCACCUCUUCACUGUGAUUAAGGCCAACCCAUCCAAACUGGGACGGCAAGAAGAUACAGAGGAGUGCUUGGACUUCAUCCUGAAUGGACUUCAUGAAGAAAUGUUGGCCCUGAAGAAAUUGCUCUCACCAGACAGUGAAAAACUCAUUCUUUCCAAUGGACCCAAAGGCCUCUCUGUAAACCAAGAAAACCCGGAGGUGCCAAAUGAGGGCAGUGAUGAUGAGUGGGAACAAGUGGGCCCCAGAAACAAGAGGUCUGUGAAAUGGCUUACAGACUUUGUGCAAACUCCAAUCACUAGCAUUUUUGGGGGCCACCUCAGGUCGGUGGUUUACCAGCAGAGCUUCAAAGAUUCAGCCACACUGCAGCUGUUCUUCACGCUGCAGCUGGACAUCCAGUCUGAUAAGAUCCACACUGUCCAGGAUGCCCUGGAAAGUCUUGCGGCAAGGGAGUACACCCAAGGCUACAGCACCAAAACCAAACAGGAGGUGGAGAUCAGCCGGAAGGUGACUCUGGAGAAGCUGCCACCUGUCCUGGUGUUACACCUGAAGCGAUUUGUGUAUAAGAAGACCGGGGAGUGUCAGAAGAUCCUCAAGAAUAUCUACUACCCCAUUUACUUGGAGAUCAGCAAAGAACUGCUUUCUCCAGGGGCUAAACAUAAGAACUCUAAAAGCCACCGAACCUACAAGCUCUUUGCAGUCAUAUACCACCACGGAAGCAGUGCCACCGGCAUCCAUUAUACCACUGACAUCUUCCAGAUGGGCCUCAACAACUGGCUGCAUAUCGAUGACCAGAGGGUCCAGGUGGUAAACCAGUGCCAGGUGGUGAAGCCUGUUACAGGCCGCACAGCCUAUCUCCUGUACUAUCAACGUGUAGACCUCCUGUAGCUGGGCUGCAACCUCCCCCCCCUUCUACCCUCCACGCUCCCCACCCCCUCGUGCAACUCCUCUAUUUUUCACAGAAUUAGGCUAGAAAGAGCAGGAGACAGAUAUCCUGGGAUCUGGGGGCCACACCGUUUGUGUUAACUUCCAAAUCCAAAACACUUAAUUGAAGUAGACAGUUGCUUGAUCUAAAAAGAUACACCAAAAUCUCUCUUUCUGUAAUAAUAAUAAUUUCUGAGUAAGAAGUGGAACUUUUGUUGCAUUCCCAGGAUAAUUACUAUAAAGAUAUUCCUGCACCAGUAACACCUGUAAAUUUGUGAAAAUGAGUGUUGUCCUUCCUGAAAAGUAAGUUUUAAUUCAUCACCAUAUUUCCCCACCCUUUGUUUUUUGAUACAUCAUAAAUACUGAACCACUUAUCAGAGAAUAGUUCUUCGAAAGAAAUAAGGAGGGGGGUAGAAAGGUAGUACCGCAGGUAGGGCGCUUGCCUUAUAUUCAUCUGACCUGGGUUCUAUCCCCAGAACCCCAUAUGGUCUGCUAACCUGCCAGGAUUGACCCCUAAGAGCAGAGCCAGGAGUAAGCUCUGGUGGUUUUUGAAGCACCACCAGGUGUAAUACAAAAAACAAAAAAGGGGGAUUGGAAUGAUAUUACAGUGAGUAGGUAUUUGUCUUGCAUGCAGACGACGGGGUUUGAUCCCUGGCACAUAAUAUGCCCCACCCCCGAGUGUUGCCAGGAUAAAGUCCUGAAUUCAGAGGUAGGAUUAACCCUUAAACAUCGCUGGGUAUCCAUGCCCCCCAAAAGAGAAAAAGGAGGAAAAAAGAACUUGCUGAUUUCUAAUGGAAAACCAGCUGUUAAUAAUUGUGCUCAUAAAAGUUGCCCAUCAGAUACCUGGAGUUCCCAUAUUUGUCUUAUAGAUGUGAUCGUAACUUUAUUGCCAUUAGAAGAUUUCAGAUUGAAAACAAGUACUUCACUGUCUCAAGUUUUAAUAUAGCUUCAUAUUCAAGCUUGAAAUCAGAUAUUAUCAGUCCUCAAAUUUUUUUUACUUCAGAAUUUUGUGGUAUAUUCUUGCUCCUUUGAAUUUCUAUAUAUAUUUUAGAAUGUGAUUUCUCCCCUCAAAAAAGAUAGCUGAAAGUACAUUCAUUCAUCAGCUGGAGGAAGUUGAUACAUUUGCAGUAUUUAGUAUUCCAAUUGAUGCUAUGUGCUAUUUUGGUUUUUUUAGUCUUUUAGUAAUGUUUUUAGAAUUUUCUUUCCAGAGGAAUGGCACAUAUUUUCUUAAAUGUAUUCCUAGUUGUGUUUUUACAUUUAUGGAUGCUAGUGUAAGUAGCAUCAUCAUCUUAAAUAUUCAUUUCUAAUGGUUGUUGCUGAUAUAUCAUUGUUAUGUAUAUAGAUUUGUAUAUUUACAUUGGAGGGGCUCUCAAGCAGUUCUCAGGAGUUCCAGGAACCCCACCAGUGAUCUCAGUCAACCAAUUGAACUGUCAGUUCAGUGUAAAGCCCGAGGAUGUGAUGUUGCUCCAGCCCUGUGGUGCUGGGGACACCUAGUCCACUGGGGCCUCCAGGGUGGUACCCAGUGAUGCUUGGAGGACCAUGUGAUACCAGAAAUCGAACUCUGGUCAGGAGCAUGUUAGGCAUGAACCCUAACCAUGUACUAUCUUUCAGCUCCUAUGUUGGCAUUUUAUUAGCAGUCUUGUUAAAUACACUUAAAUAUUCUAAUAGAUACAUUUAAAUAUAUUUGCAUUCAUAAAAAUGUGACCUAAAAUUAGGAUAAUUUCAUUUAUUCUUUCUUGUCUCUUGUAUUUUUACUCUUUUCUUGCAUUGGCUAGGAUCUUCAAUUCAAUAUUGAAUGGGAAUUGCCUAGUGAUGGAAGAUAUUCUUUUCUUGUGUUCAUCUCAGGAAAACCUUUUACUCAUUCAAAAUUGACUAUUGUGUUUGCUAUAUAGGUUUUGUGUUACUGCCCUUUACAGAUAAGGCAAUUUUUAUGUGUCUAUCUUGUUACUUUUUAAUAAAAGUGGAAGUAUUA